UGACUGUCGAAUACAACAACGACACAAAUGGUGCAGUUCUGAAAAUAUCUCCUGUAGAAGGUGAAGAUGAAGCCACAUACAAAUGUGAAAUCACCUACAUCGUCGUAAGAGAACACUGUGAUGUCAUCCAGAUACUGAAGCUUAAAACACUGAAAAUACCCGACAACAUAAAAAUUCACAAACGCGGAGAUCCAGCACCUCUUCCGAAUUCUACUGUGAUAGGUCCAAUGGAAGAAGGAGACGAACUCGACUUGAUCUGUGAAGCAACUGGCGGCAAGCCCACCCCAAUGGUGAGAUGGUUUAAUGGUAGCACCGAAAUUAGUCGAGCUAAAUACAGUGUCUCGAAAUCGAAAGAUGACGUCGAAACGGGAAUGUCGACCCUCAAGCUGACCCUCAGAAGGGGUGAUUUACUAGCCAGGUUCGAGUGCAGGGUCGAGAGUGACGCUCUCAAAGAGCCAAUCAUAUCAUGGGUUCAAAUCGAUGUAAACGUUCGACCACUCGGCAUAAACUUGACAGGCGUCGAAAAUCACGUCGUCCAAGGGACCAACGUCAAGUUGGACUGCAAAGUAUUUAAUGCACGACCAGCAGCGACAGUGCGAUGGGCCAACGGUUCCAAUAGUAUAACGAUCGACAACAAAACAAUAAUGGAGUCCCCAAUAAACACGAAAUACGUGGAGGAGAAAGAUGGCACAUUUACCACUAUAAGUUCGCUGUCGUUCAAAGCUAGCCAUUGGGAAAAUGGAAGAACCAUUCACUGCUUUGCGGAGAAUGCGGUGAUGAGUAAAAACGCCGAGCCCGAACUACGAAGUAAUCUUAUCCUAGACGUAAGAUAUCCUCCCGUUAUAACCGUUUCACCAAAAUAUGCAGUUGUUAAUGAAUCCACAGAACAAAACACCACCAGUGCAUUUCUUAAUUGUGUCUAUUUUUCAAAUCCUCAAAAACUAACAUCUGUAGCCUGGUUGAAAGACGGAAGACCUCUUGUUUUAAAUGACACCAAAAAAUUCAUCGGAGGAAACAUAGGGAAUCCUCCCUUGUAUAUAACUAACGUAACCAGAGAAGACUUGGGCGAGUACACUUGUGCAUUGGGAAACGAAAUAGGAACGGAAACAUCCGAGGAGAGUUUAUCACUAAAUGUAAUAUAUACUCCGGAUGUAGAAGUGGUGAUGGAACCCUUUGCACCAGUCAAAGCAAUUGACAAAAGAACAGUACUGAUUAUGUGCAACGUGACUUCUGGAAAUCCUUCGAAUUUGCUAAAGGUCCGGUGGUUCCUCGAAGGUGAAUUGAUGAAAGAAUUCCCGGAAUGCAACUACACGAACAUCGACGAGAACGGCAAUGCCGAGGGGAACGGCGGCCCAUUCUGCGGUCUGGAUCCGAGCAUUUUGAGCCUGGAAAGGGUCGACGAGUCCUUCUCCGGCAACUAUACGUGUCAAGGAAUGAACAAGGGCGGUUGGGGACCGGUGUCCGAGCCACAGGAGCUGGUAGUUUACUAUCCUCCCGGUCCAGCUCGCAUACGAUACGCACCAUCCAAAGUCGUCAAAGGAGGCUCAGUAAACCUGACGUGUACCGUUGAGUCAAGUGGCCGACCGGACAACGUAAGUUACAUCUGGCAUAGAGGAUCACACGUGCUAACGAACGUCACCCAAUCGGUUUAUACCAUCCCCUCAGCAAGACUCGAAACGAGGAAUAAUUUUUCUUGUGCUGCUCAGAACGAAGGUGGGAAGGGGGCUCAGGCGAGUGUUUUCGUUAAUGUGUAUGCUGCACCGGCGUUUACGAAAAAGCCUAAAACCUACCAAGGCAUUUUGUAUACUUCAAAACAUAUCAACCUCAGCUGCGUCGUGGAAUGUUAUCCUGAGUGUGGAAUCGUAUGGUACAAAGAUGGUAUCAAGUUGGACGUAAAACAUAACCAUCUCUACACAGUCGAAACACACUUUUUACCACCCAAUCAACAAAUGAACGAUUUUGAAUCGAUCAAUUCCACAUUGAUAUGGAACAUGACAGCAUGGCCAGGAGGUAUGUUAAAUAAAACAGCUCCCAACACAAAUUACACCUGUCAAGCGACGUCAAAUAAAAUUGGAGUUGGUAUUACUUCCACUGCAGAAAUAGCUGUCGACUAUCCACCAGAGGAGGUCACCACUAGCGACAAGACGGUCAAUGUGAAAGAAGGAGAAGCUCCCGCGACGGUAAAAUGCUACGGUAAAGGUCGACCCGCUCUGAGUUUCCAGUGGAAAAGGAUGGACAAUGCUGAGGUGAUAUCGACCAAUGAUGUGUUAUCGCUCUCGAAAAUGUCCCGAAGCGAUAAGGCUGCUUACAUGUGUGAGGCAUCCAACAAACACGGCUUGGAAACUGCGAUGGUGCAUUUCAACGUUCAAUAUGCUCCAGAUUGCAGUAUAACCCACGCAGAUAGAGACGGUACUCCAUCUUUAGUGUGUACAGCGCUAGCGAAUCCCCCAGAGAUGACCUUCGUGUGGAGAGUGAAAGAAGGUAACGAAACGUUUAACGAAACAAGCAACAUUAUUCAAGAUGGUGCGAAGAGCUAUCUCCAGCUCGAUUCCAGCGUGGAGAACCCGAGAACUUAUUACUGCAUAGCAAAUAAUUCCAUAGGAUUCAGUAACGCGUGUCAUGCAGAGGUGGCAGGAAGCCUGUCUUGGUGGAAAGACCUGAAUCAAGACAAAUGGAUCAUUAUCAUCGCGUCCAUAAUAGCCAUUGUUAUCUUCAUCAUCAUAAUCUGCGUCAUCAUCAUCAUCCUCUGCCGAAGAAAACGAGCGGAUACUAAAUACAAUAGUCCACUGGAGAUGGAGGAACGAGAAAAUCCGGAAGGUCAUUCUCCCGACUCCACUGACCAAUCGAAAUGGCCGCUGCAACCGGGCGUCUUAAUACACAUUAACAAAAUGAAUAACGUCAGUAUCAGUCAACUAACCCCCAGAAUCACCCCCUACAAAACAACGUCCGUAUCGACUUUGAGAAACUUCUCCAAGUAUUCUAAAUAUAAGCGAAACAAAUCGAAAAUUUACGCUAGAUUGGAGAGGAUAGCGGAUUUUUUAGGCAUGGCUAGAGGACGGGAGAGAAUUCCUAGUGGGAUAAAAGAAAGUGCCAGUGGAGUUGUGACCUUUCGAAAGAUACACCAUAAUCCUCCUAUACAGUAUCCCCCUGUAAGAUCCAGGAAGAGGAAAAAACCGGGAUCAGCACCCAACAUGUCCUCUACCGAAGAUAAACCGAGGCUGGGGGGUGGCCUACCUCUUGGAGGUACUGCAGACCCCUUAAGUGACCCCGACAAGGGAUUUUACGAAAAUCUUCCGUUCCAUGGAAUGCAAAAUCCACCCACUAAACCCAUAUCAAUCAUAGCUCCAUUUCAUCAAAGAAACAUUGCUCGAAAAUUUGUACCGUCAGCUUCAACAAAGUCAUUAAUAUCAUCAACACAAACUUUGGCUUCCACUGGUCUAUUCCAAUUUGGUGAGAGUGCACCGCACACAGUAAAGAGAAACCAGUCCUUUAAUGGGUUUCAAAACCACCCUCCAGGCAGACUUCAUUUCACAAGCUCUCAACAGAUAUUCAGCAUUACGGGAAGCAUGAACAAUUCCUUAUUCGGAUCCAUGAAUUCACAGCCCUCUCUUAAUACCAGCAAUAGUACCAGAUGCCUACCUUCAAUAUUUUUUUAUCUACCACCCAAGUUUUCCCAACAUACAGGAGCUUUCAGCUUCUCAGGUUUGCCGAAACAAACCUCUGGAAGAAUUAACAGAGUGCAGUCUUUACAUGCAGGUGAUCUUCCUAAGCAAGGUUUAAGAAAAAUUACCAGACUUGAUUCUGUCAGUUCAGCUGAUGCUGUGUUAGGAAGAAGUGAUGAACAGGAGAUUAGAAGAACAGCAUCAGGCAUUAAUAAGUCCACCGAAGAACCAGUUAGAAGGUCAGAAAAGAUCAAUUUACGAAGAAGAGUCAGUUGUGGUUCUAACCGAAAGUUAGCUACAAUUGUUGAAAAACGUUUUGGUUCUUUAGAUAUAAGAACUCAUAAAUGCUAUUCCCCAACAUUUUAUUCUAUGAGAUGCAAGAAACAUGCCAAAAAGAGACCAAUAAUAGUAACACUUCCAAAGAAAUGUUUCAGUGAACUAGCACUAUCAAAUAAGCCAGAGAAACAAACAGAAAAUCUGUCAGAUAGCAUCCAGAUAACUGAAGAAAGUCCAAAUGCUAGACUCAGCCAGUCUUUACCUAUUCCUGCUCCCAGGUGUCGAAAGAAACAUGAAAUCGUUUAUGCUAACAUAUCUAAAUCUCUAAAUAGUACCAUCAGUUCAGAUCAAAACACAUCUGGUAGUAGUUGUGAAAACGAGGAACAAGAACCUUCCAUAACUGAAGUGGAGGUUCAUGCUGAAACUACUAAAUCAAAGCCUAGAGAUAGUACGGUACAACUACCACCUUCAAAAAGUUUUUCUACAUCAGCUUUACUCGACCAUAAACCAAAACUGAUAGCUGUCAGUCCUAAAACCAACAACUCAAUUCUAAUAUCACCGCAAGCACUUAAAAACUCGCCAGUUCUAAAAGUCAGUCCUAAUUUCAUUAAACCCAACAUAGUAAGUCCUAAAGGAGCUUUGUCACUUCAAAUACAAGCCAAAAUUAAAACUUCUGCGGAAUUAGAUAAAUCUGAUAUUAAAGUUGACGGUAAAAAGAGUGAGCAUGUUUCUAGUGUGCCCAAAAUGCCCAUUUUGAAUGCUGCGCAUAGCUGGAAUUAUAAUGUGUCUAAUAAAAAUAAUCAGAAUGCUUUCUAUACCCUAUCAACCCCUAAUUUCAAGCAACUUAACACAAUGGCGCCACCUCAAUAUUCAGCAACAAUACCCCACCAAAAACACACCAAACUAAUACCAAAAGCUUUGUUCCAAGAACAAGUCCAAAAAAGCAAGUCCUUUUCCUCUAAAUCCAAACAAAAGAAAAACCACUUCCAAAUCCCUCUUCAAAAGUGCCACAGCUUCAAAUUCCAAACGGCGGAGAGCUAUUUCCAGCCAAUAAAAAACAUACACGAAGAGAAUUUGAUGAGAAACGGUUAUGUAUCGGAUUUUCCCGAGAGCACUGCGCAUCGAAGUAGGCACCACAAGCGAGAGAAGCACAAGCAAAAGACCAAGGGCCCUCUGGUCCUGCGCAGACCGAGCGACUACCAAGAGAACGUACAUUUCCAAGAGAACAUGCAGAAUUCCGUGCAGCUCCAGUAUCCUCAGCCUUUGCUUGGACGCCAAAUGCCAUUAACCACUAACAAGCCUAAUGGGGUCGUUUACGCUGACCUUGACAUGCCUGCUAAUAAAAGAAGUUCGCACGACUCAACCUCUUCUUCUAAAAGUAAAUCGUCACAAAAUUCAAAACAAAAGACUGAGUACGCAACGCUUAAGUUUAAUGAGAUCGGUCAGGAGAUUGAUGUCUAACGUACAGUUUUCGAUCAUUAUUGAAUAGAGAAAGACUAAUGGGACAACAAAUCCUGGUAGUGAUACUUAUAUUUUUUAAGCCCUACAGGCCUGAUCCGUGUGAACUCGAAUACGCCGACGUGGACUACAAAUCGUACGGCCCCAUUGACUACAAGGCAGCG